CCCUGCGGGAGCCUGUGGAGGAAAAUAUUGCCCAGAGUCAGUCAGUCAGGAGCAGACUACUCGGCAUUAAAGACGGCUGUCUGGCGGUAGGAGGUGCGGUAACCCGUUUCCAGAAGCUACUGUUCACUCUGCUGCCAAAUUUGGAUCAACUUGCUGAAGAAAAAAAAGAAAAAAGGAAGAAACCUGAAUCUUUGACUAAAUGGUGAAGUCCUGGAUCUGAUACUCCUUCUUCCAAACCUCCUGCCAGUUGAUUAGCCUUGUUGGCAUCGUGUCCAGUGAGAACAACUCAAACCGAGAGUUAAAGCAUUUGGAGCCUUCUUUUGAACACCGGUUUAAAUACGUCUGAAGUGUUACAUCGCAGCGUUUCUCUGGAGACUCCUGUGUGACAACAUGGCGAAGAAAAACAGCCAAAGGGAUACGUCUGGGGUGGUGUUUGACACUCGGUCAAAAAUGGUCAUGUCCCAGGGAGGAACGGCUGAGAGGAUGAAGGAGAAGAUCAGUGCUGUCAGAGCAGUUGUCCCCAACAAAAGCAACAAUGAGAUCGUGCUGGUGCUGCAGCAUUUUGAGAACUGCGUUGACAAGGCCGUGCAGGCUUUCUUAGAAGGCAGCGCAGUUGAGAUCCUGAAGGAGUGGAAUGUCACCGGCAAAAAGAAGCCCAAGAAGAAAAAGAAGCCCAAGCCUCAGCCAGAGGCCUCAGCCGAGCCCGUGCCACCUGAGGUCACGUCACGUGAGGAGGGCAAAGAUGAGAUGAACGGCUUUCAUGCCAACGGAUCAGUAAUGGAUGGAGAGUCGUUGGAUUCGCUGAGUGAGCAGUUGGACUCUGCUUCCCUGGAUGCAGCCGAGCUGGACUCUGAACCCGCUACAUCCGAAACCACCGGUGCAGAAGCAGAAAGUCAAGGUAGCGCUCCAAGUCCCGCCUCCCAGCAGGGAGGGAGGAAUCACCAUGGUCCCAGAGGCAACAAGCCCCGACAUAGGCCAGGCUCAAAUAUUCAUCCCCACUCUUCCUCGUUUGCACCCACAAGCGACGACCAAGGUCCAGGAGGCGUGAAGAAGAUGGCUCCAAACAUCGACCGCUCUGUGAAGGACCUGCAGAGAUGCACUGCCUCACUGACCCGCUACAGGAUGGUGGUCAAGGAGGAGAUGGACUCAUCCAUCAAGAGGAUGAAGCAGACAUUUUCUGAGCUCCAAAGCUGUUUAAUGGACAGAGAAGUGACUCUACUGGGAGAAAUGGACAAAGUGAAAGCUGAGUCCAUGAUGAAUCUCGACGCCCGGCAGAAGAAAGCGGAGGAGCUCAGGCGGCUGACGGACCAGUCUGCAUCCAUGUCAGAGGAGCAGCUGAGCGAACUACGUGCAGACAUCAAGCACUUUGUGAGUGAGCGUAAAUACGACGAGGACCUUGGGAAAGCUGUGAGGUUCACGUUUGAUAUUGAACCGCUGAAGACGAGCAUCUCUGGUUUUGGAUCAGUUUACCACCCGCGCACAGGCUACUCAAAUCGUUCCCGCUGUAGCUCCACGUCUUCCUCCGUCGCCAGUCCGAGCUUGGUGGAUCCCCCUCCCCCCACCCAGACCCAACCCCCUCCCAGCGAAAACCGACCUCCGCCAAACAAACAGAUUUUCCAAGGGAACAGGCGUACCUUCCAGGGGCAGGGCUACCACUCGGGCGGCCAGCGGUACAACGGGAGCUCCUACAACGAGAGGAACGCCGGCCGCGCUAACCACCGCUACCAGGGCGACGGCGGCCCGUCCUCGCACCACUCCAACAGCUCCAGGGGUCCCUCCCACUCCUCCACGUCCUCCCACAACCAAGACCGACCUUCUCACAACGGGCUGCCCCAAAGGCCUCCAAGAACGCACUGCCCUUGACAGUGGAAGUCACCCGCUCAACCAAACCCAUCUACUAACCCCCGCACUUCCCUUUUCUCCCCCGUGCCCUACUCUGCCCCACACGCCCACCCCCCCCCCACUCCCCCAUAUUAACUCCUUUCAAUGAAGAAUAGAAUACAAGUUUACAUAUUUCCUUCAGUCGAGCUGUAGUGCCGCCUCUCUACAUCAAUCCAUUCAUCCUUAAGACUUGAAAAGCUCUUACUGUUCUGUAACCGCUCUUCCUUUUCUCCCCUCUUUGGUUAAGGCUUCUAUCUUUAGGCCCCUUUGAGAGAUUCCUCUGCUACGCUAUUGUCAGUCUCUGUUAUUCGUUUUUGCAGUUCAGCAGUCUGCCAGAGACUGACAUGAUUACCUGCAACAAUCUGUGCACUAUUGAAGUUGAACUCUUAGUACUUUUUCUAUUUUUGCUGUGGCUUUGUCAAAUCUCUGAUUCCAUCUUUUUUUUUUUCUUUCUUCCCCCUCCUCCCUCCCUCGCCUCGUCUCCCAGAACCAUUUCAAUGCCUUCACUGUGGAAAGCGUAGUUCUAGCAUUAACAGGGAUCUGUCAUCAGAGGAGUAAACAUGCAAUCAACACUACAGACUGUCGUUAAUCUUUUCAAAGUAUAAAUGAGACAUAUCAAACUAAUCCAGAGCUUUUCAUGUGGCUGCUACAAACCGUAGGGAACUUGUUAACGCUAGGACUUAGGUGUGUUUGAGUGAAACUCUGUGGACACAGAGUCGGUCCUCUUGAAGGAGUAGUUGUGUGUCUUUAAAUACACUCAUUCCCUUUUUUUUUUAGCCAAUUAAAUGAGUGCAGUGACACCGCUGUGUACUGUCCGUACACCAAGUAUAACCCCAGAGCCAGCAGCUAGUUAGCUUAGCACAGUGACAGGAAAGGGGGAGAAACGGCGCCGUGACUCAUGCUAAUGUGACGCGCUGUGCAUCUAAAGCUCCGCAAGUAUCUCCUUCUAUCUUGCGUGUUUCUUUUUGUGCGGAAAACAAAGUAUAGAAACAUUUUCCUCUGGGGUUACGUGCGAGGCAAAGAUGAUGUUGGCGUCCUUCUCCCGGUUUCCAGCCUUGAAGCUAAGCUAAGUGGCUGCAGUCUGCAGCUUCAUGUUUACCACGGACACGAGAGCGGUGUCAGUCUUCUCAUUUAACGCUGCAACAAAGUGAAUAAGUGCAUUUAUCAAAAUGUCAAACUAUUCCUUUUCAAUAUUGCCUAAGGCAGUGACGUGUCGCCCUCCCACUAGCCAGUGAGGUUAUCAUGUGUGAUGUUGUUCUUGGCUUGCUGUCCAUUAUUUUCUAACUAAGAGAGGGCUCAUAACCUUUUGUAGAAUGACGUUAAAUGAUAUGUUGAAACUCUCGGCAAAGGAAACUUUGUUGCGCACAUGCUGUUUCAUAGUUCUGAACAUUUAUUCAGCUGGACUUUCUUCCACACCGUUUUGCUCUUUGUGUUUUUUCUUGUUAUCUGCACACAAAUGACAUGUUAAUGUCGUGCUUGCCUUUAGUCACAGACUUCACAUUUGCCUUUCUAGAAACAUGGAUGUCUGCUUCAUAAUCAUGACAGCUUUCUGAACAGAUGGUACUCGUAGAGCAGACUUAUAAAUACAUACGUGAAAACAAGGUGCAAGAUCCAUUCUUCCCCUUUUUCUAUUGCCACUCUUUCCACCGUUAGAAGUAAAAUUGAUCAAACUAAUGAAUGCACUGGAGGGUUGUUGUAUUCACAGGUUUUUUUUCUUCUUCUUUUUUUUCUAUGGCUGCAAGGCUGUUGUUGGCUUUAAAUUUCAUCCAGUCCAGUCUGUGAACAAAACACUGAUUCUUCAACACGGCCUGUUUCUGUUUUGAGCCGUUUUCCUCACAUUGGGCUCUAAUUAAGGGACAGGGACCCCUGGUGAUUCUUCUUGUACUUAUGUACAUAAGCGGAGCUGCGAGGCUGUUGUGGAAAAAAGCGGUUGUUACAUUAUUGCUGCAUCUUCUUCAUGAUGUGUCGUCUUCCUUCGAGCAGACUCUUGAAAAAGGAAUUUAAGUGUUUUCUUUCCUCAGUUUUUGGGCUUUCUGAUCAAUUAUUAUUAUUUGAGAUUUAAAAAAAUAAUAGUUAAAUUAGUGAAUAUUGUGGAGAACAUAUUGUACACUUGUUUGCAGUCUUUGGUAAAUAUGCGACUUAAACGAAUAUGGUGUCGUUCUGAGAUAUGCUUGAUGUGAGAGAGUAUGUGAAGACGUUGUGAACAGCCAGUUAGCUUAGUUUGACAUGAAGACUGGACCCAGGUAGCCAUGUUUAAUGGCAGUGGGAGAUGUUCCUGUGUGGGGUCCCAUGGGGGUAAAAAAAAAAAAAAAGCAUCCUCAAGGGAUUCACAAGGGACUCAUAACUCAGCUGGAGCAGUUUACUUUCUAACAAUCAAAUCUUUGAAAACAAAACGUGAUAUAAAGCUCUAAAUUUUUUCCAGAGUGACAGAAGUUUGCUCAUUGCUGCACGUUGUGACCAGUGGGAGAAAAACUUAACGCUUAUAAUAACUAGAGCGUUGUUACAGCGAGUGUUUUCUGUCCAACAUCUUUCUGUGGGUCUGUCCCCAACAUGACUUAAAAAAAAAAAAAAACACAUCUGUUUCUUGUCCAAACAAAAUAACUAGCAGCUAUGAGCUCAUUAAUACCACAUGAAAUUUUCCUCGGUGACUACAUACAAGGCAGUGAAGUCAACCAAUUCAUACGUUGGUCACGAACAGUAACUUAAACUCCCCGCUGGUUGCCUAGCAACAGCCCUACACCAACGAGUGGUCCUGUAUGUAGCUGCUGAUGAAACUGCAAGAUGUUUCUCUGGUUUUUAUGUGAAACAAAGAUUGAGUGUUUCGUUUGCGAGCUCAUGCUAAACUUAGCUAACCAGCUGUUCACACAGGGAAUGAAUCCUGUCCGAGGUCACAAACCGCUGAUAAAGCAGCGUGUGUUUUGUGUUUGUAGAGGCAGUAAAAUGACUAUGAUAUCAGAAGGAUCUUCAGACUGAAGUGUCCGUCUCCCUUUAAACAUUUUUGUUUUACAUUUCGAACUGUAGGGAUUAUUAGAUUGUCACCAAAGAAAUAAUCUCGUCCCGUUUGAAGUUGCUGCCUUUUUUUUUUCUUUCCCUCGGCCUGUAAAGAAUUCCAAAGGGGAUGAAUCCAACAAGUCACCUUCUCUUCUUCUUUUCACCCUACUUUAUUUCCAGUUCCUUACUGUAUAUACAUAUAUGUAGCUAUAUAAUUUUGUGCUCGCAUGGGGCAUUUUGUAUGUGAUAUUCAUAUUAGGCAUAAUGGAGGUUAAAGCAUCUAGUUCAUUCAUUCUUCCGGUAGACCUUGUGUCCUCCUUCUCAAAACCUUUCUGAGACAACUGUAAACUCAAGUGCCUUUUCUUGUCUCCCACCGAUUUAUCUGCAUCCCCUCCACCAGAGUAUGGACCAAAGACAUCAGCCGUCCCUGACUGCCCAGCCCUCUCUUACUUCCCCCUCACUGAAUGGCACACUUUUCAUUUACUACAAAUAAACUGUUUGCAAUA